UGAGUAGGGGAGAGAGAAAGAGAAGGAGCCAGCGUCAUUCAGAGAUAGGAGUCCGAAUGAGUGAGUGUAUGUUUAAGAGCUGAGUGUGGAGAAAGAGCUGUAAACAUUUUAGCCUGGAGGCUGGACGGGAGGAGGGAUUUCCCUAACUUUUGCCUUUUUUUAAACAUUUUGUGCACUUGGAGCAGCACUCUCUGUGUGUGUAUAUGUGGGAGGUGCAGGCAGAGGCUAUGCAAAGUGAGAGAAGUCAGAGGCAGGGGUAGGGGUGUAGAAUCCGUGAAGGAGAGAGAGAAAGAGCUUUAAAGGAGGGUAAAGGCAAAUUACUCGGAAGGAAAGGAACCAUGCAAGUGGAUGCUGUCUUUUGCGGGGUCAGGUUACGCAAAAUGAGAAACUACUCCAAGAGCACUUCAUCAGGGCUCACCCAGCUCAGAAAGGAUGCCAGCUGCUAGCACCAUGACCGGUGGGAGGGCCCUGCUGCUCUGUACAAACACGGACAACUGUAUCUACCAAUCAGUCAACAGGCUCCAGUGCUGUGGCUUGAAGGUCGGGGAGGCUUCGUCGUCUGUGGCGCCCCAGCGCCAAGAGGUGUGCGUGUCACUAGGGGACAGAGACAGGAGGGAUACUGCUGUGUCCAUCAAGUGUCCCCUCUCCCCCCUGCCCGGCCUGAGCGACAGCCCGGGUCCUCCUGACACCAUGCUUGCUCACAGGAGAGCCACCACCGCCACCAUCGACCCACGGACUCCCAACAUGGAGAACGGGCUGUGUGGCAAGCUGAACAACAACAAGAGCCCAGCGGCAGUCAAGACGGCCAGCAUACGUGAUAAGAUCUCACAAUGGGAGGGCAAAAAGGAGCCUGCCCCACCAACUUCUACAGGGACGUGUCCACUAAGCACAACACAGAAGGAAACAGAGAUAGUACGGAAAAAGGAAGCCAAAGCUUCAGAGGUCCAAAGGACAGAUAGCAAGAGGCUUGCUAGGGACAGACAAGACUCAGGGAAGGAGAAUGUUGGAAAGCUGGGGGAUUUAAGGUCUAAAUCUCCAGAGGGCCCAACAAACAAGGACAGAGAAGUGAUCCUAGAGAGAGGAUUUCGGGUUUCAAAGCCAACAGAACAACCCCAAGACAAGAAAAGUGUUUUAACUCAUGUUAAGAAACUGGAGAAGGCAACAAAGGAGGUUCCUGACAGACCUUCACUGGCGUUUCCAGGGAAUUACUUCUGCCCUCCUUCAAAGGAGGAGCUGGAGGAUACUGAAAAGAGAGCCAACGAGCCCAUUUUUGGGACUUUUGACAUUGUUCAACCUGGCAGGUCACGGAGGAGGAGAGAAGGGGAUCCAGAAAAUGUAUACAGUGAGCCAGGUGCUCCGUCUAUAAACCCUCUACCCAAACCUCAGAGAACCUUCCAGCAUCACACACCCCCCACUACCCCAGCUUCAGGGCCUGGCUCAGGGAAGGGAAGGAGGAACUUGCCCCCUUUGCCCUCCAUUCCUCCUCCACCUUUACCUACAUGCCCACCACCUGGAGUUUGCAGGAGACCCUGGGCUGACAAAACCCGGGACAGUAGCAACAGGAAGUCCUAUGAAUUUGAGGAUCUGCUGCAGUCAUCUACAGAAAGCUGCAGGGUGGACUGGUACGCUCAGUCCAGACUGGGCCUUACACGCACUUUAUCAGAAGAGAAUGUCUACGAGGACAUAAUAGAUCCCCCAUCCAAGGAAAAUCCCUAUGAAGAUAUAGAGCUGGAGAGAAGUUGUUUGGGAAGCAAAUGUGUUUCACCUGCCUCCUCCUCUCCUGUCCCUGACACGCCAACUAAGCUUUCAUCCAAGCCUGGCUUCUUCAGACAAAAUUCAGAACGUCGAAGCUUCAAACUCUUGGAGCUACGCAAGACAUGCAGGGACACUGGCAUCUCCUCUCCCUCACGCAUCAGCCCCCCCUCCACACCCAGCAGCCCCGACGACACCCCCUGCCUCUCUGGAGACCCGUACAAUCGCAGACGGAGGAAAAUUCCCAAGAUGGUGCUGAAAAUCAAUGGCAUCUUUGAGGCGCGGAGAGGGAAGAAACAAAUGAAGAGGGUGUCUCAUUCUACAGAAUCCAGCUCAGGAAGAGUAACAGAUGAGAACAGUGAGUCCGAAAGUGACACAGAGGAGAAACUAAAAGCUCACAGCCAGCGGCUGGUGUCGGUCCAGUCCAUGCUGAGGCAGACGGGGCGGUACCGGACCAUGGAGCGGGAUCUGAUGGAGUUGCAGGAGAGGAAACUCUUUGAGUAUUUCAUAGUUGUUGCACUCCACAAGACCAAAGCUGGAGUCCCAUACCUGCCAGAAGUCACACAGCAGUUCCCUCUCAAGCUCGAGAGGAGCUUUAAGUUUAUGCGGGAGGCUGAGGACCAGCUGAAGGUCAUCCCUCAGUUCUGUUUCCCUGACGCCAAAGACUGGGCACCUGUGGACAACUUCCCCAGUGAGACGUUCUCAUUUGUCUUGACUGGUGAAGAUGGAAGCAGGCGGUUUGGCUACUGUCGGCGAUUACUGCCCAGUGGUAAAGGCCGAAGGCUCCCUGAGGUCUACUGCAUCGUCAGCCGCCUGGGCUGCUUCGACCUCUUCUCUAAGAUCCUGGAUGAAGUGGAAAAGAGGAGAGCUAUCUCCCCUGCUCUGGUGCAACCUUUUAUGAGAGGCAUAAUGGAAGCUCCCUUCCCUGCUCCAGGAAGGACCAUCACUGUCAAAAACUUCCUUCCUGGCUCUGGGACAGAGGUGAUAGAGCUGUGUAGGCCGUCAGAUUCUCGUCUGGAACAUGUGGAUUUUGAAUGUCUCUUUUCCUCCUUGAGUCUACGUCUCCUUCUCCGAGUGUUUGCCUCUCUACUACUGGAGCGCAGGGUCAUCUUCACUGCCGACAAACUCAGCACAUUGUCUCAAUGUUGUCAUGCAGUAGUAGCUCUGCUCUACCCCUUCACCUGGCAGCAUACGUACAUCCCUGUGCUCCCACCCUCCAUGUUGGAUAUUGUCUGCACCCCUACCCCCUUUAUAGUGGGCCUACUCUCUAGCUCUCUGCCUCGACUCAAAGAGCUGCCCAUAGAAGAGGUCCUGGUGGUCGACCUCGGCAACAGUCGCUUUCUAAGACAGCUGGAUGAUGAGGACUCCAUUCUUCCCCACAAGCUGCAGGCAGCUCUUGAACAUGUGCUGGACAAGAGGAGGGAGCUGGCCUGUGAGAAAGGAGAUCUGCCCAAUGACUCCAGCUCCCUCAGCGCAGUGGUGUCGGAGGCCUUUGUGCGUUUCUUCGUGGAGAUGGUGGGUCACUUCUCCCUCUUCAUUGGUGGAGCAGAGCGGGAGGAUGAGUCUGUCUCCUCCCCAACCUUGCCCAGUCCCUCUUCGUCCCCCGCCUCAUCCUUUCAGCGUGAAGCCUUUCGCAAAGCGGUCACGUCCAAGAGCUUGAGAACGUUCUUGGAAGUGUUCAUGGAGACCCAGAUGUUCACCAGUUUCAUCCAGGAGAGGGAGCUGCGCAGACAGGGCCUCAGAGGUCUAUUUGAGGUGAGAGCACAAGAGUAUCUGGACUCGCUUCCUGGGAGCGAGCAGCGAGGAGUCAACAAGUUCCUCAAGGGUCUAGGAAACAAGAUGAAAUUCCUUUCAAAAAAAUGAUGCUUGGAGUCAGGAUACCAUGUGUGAAAGUAGGAAUAAGCAUGGAGAGGCGUGCUGUUAAAAGAAGAGGAAGACACGCUCCCUGGACUCGCAGAACGUAGAGAUGUGUCUUUAGGUCAGAACAAAGGAAGACCCUUCAAGUGAACUGGACUCAUAGUUUGUGAACAUGAGGGAAUCUGGGGAAAGUUAGAGUUUAGCUCCCAGUUUCAUUCACCAGUCAUUCCAUUAGUGUUGUGAAGGGCUUACUCAGCUUGGACCAAAACUCACCUCCAAGACGAUAAUGCAAUGUCUAGCAAUGUCUUGUUAGACUUUGGCCGGGGCCUUACGUUUUACAGAUUACAGCCAAUCUGUAGUGCAUUGUUGUAAAGCAGAGCACAGUGUAAUUCUUUUAGGAACUGACCUCGCCUAUAAACCUGUAAGAGGGAGUGUCACUGAAGGUCACAUUUUGUACAAUUCCUUCCUAUACAUUCCAAGUAUGUUCUUCAAAAGCUUUUAUAAAUACAAUAGUACAACUUCUUCAUCAACAGGAGGCUUUUAAGUUAAUUUAUAUUCUUUUCAGGAAAACUUAAUCUUUUUUUUCCUUCAAGCGAGUGCAAAGAAAUCUCCUGUAGUUUGUAAUGAGCUGUAUUUAAGUGUAUAGACCACUUUGGGUUGUUGGGUAAAUGUACCACUGUUUUAAGGAAAUCUACUUUUAUUGGAAAAAAAAAAUAGCACCGAAAGGAAGAAAAUGUAAAAGGAAAUCAAUGUGAAUACGUCUUUCACCUGGGUUUGAGUAUAUGGUUUGGAUAGACUCAAUGUUGAAAGAUGUGUAUCUUAGGCCAAUCAGUAUCAAUGUAUGUCAUGAAAGCAACUAGGCUUGCCGUAAAGGACCAAUGUUUAGGAUUUAGAGGAACCUAUUAGCAGAAAUGUAAUAUAAUAUUCAUAAUUUUGUUUUAAAUAGUCCCCUGAACUUUAAAUCGUGUUUUGUUGUCUUAAAAUAUCUAUCUACUGUAUCUACAUACAGUAAGGAGUGGGUCCUUUUCCAUGUUGCACCCCCAUGUUUCUGCAGUAGCCCAGAAUGGACAAACCGAACACUUGCGCUAGAGAGUGCCUUUUGACAUUUUUGCGUCACCUGAAGGCCUCUGUAGGUUUUACUACACGCUUGUAAAAGGAUGGUUGAGGGAACCGGUAUUUAGUUGGUUACAAUCUGCAGCCUCUCCGCUAGAUGCCACUAAAUCCUACUUAAUGGUCCUUCAAACUUGAUUGAGAAUGAAAUGAAACUUUUUAAAUAAAGUGAUAUGAAUUUUUGA